UAUCCAUAGUACAACAUGCCUACCACUGUUCAUAAAGUAUUAAUGCAUUGCAAAGACAUAAUAAAUUUUGCACUUCUUCCAAUUUGGCAGUUGGGAGAAAAGGCGCACGAAUCCCGAAACAAAGAUAUAAAACGAUAUAGAGAAAGUUAUUCGCGAAAAUUUUGUAGAAUUAAAAACAUGGAGGAUAUUAUUCAUAAUUUGUUAGUAUCUUCCGAUCCAUAUGUAACUAACUUGAGAAAGUUAACUGUUAAAAAAACAGAAACAUAUCCAAAAACUCGGUACGGCCAAUAUUUUGACAAGGUAUGGGAAGACAUGUUCUUUGCUGAUAUCAACAAAGAUAUUAUUUGUCUUCUGUGCGGCUAUAAGCCUAGCAUCGUGAAAAAGUAUAUUUUGGUUCGACAUUAUAAAAAUAAGCAUUCGCAUGAAUAUUCGAACUAUGCGAGUAGUGAUAAAUUCAAUUUAAUCGAAGGAUUGAAACUAGUUUACCAAGAAGGUUCAAAUUCUACUGAAGAAGGUUCUACUUCAAAUUUCAAAACUUCAACUUUAUCAGAAAAAGCUCCUAGAGCUUCGUAUGCAAUUCCAAAUUUAAUCGCAAAAAAUUUAAAACCAUUUUCGGAAGGAACAUUUAUAAAGGAAUACCUUAUCGCAGCAGUAAAGUCAUUUGGGGAUUCAUUGAUCCUUGAACAAGCUGCUGCCACUCCUUUGAGCGCUCAUCCUUAG